AAAACCCAAACUGAAUGAAACCAAACCCAUCACUACUCACCACCAGGCUAACCUAAGUGGCUGUUUUUAGUUCCCUUUUUAGUGCCGGAUAAAUAACCAAGGAACGCUUGGAUCCCCACAUAAGAGAUUGAAAUUGCCCCUACUCAUGUCAUUGAUAUUGUAACUAACCUAGUGGUGAGAUCCCUAUAAAUAUUUACAGUGCUUUUAAACCAGCACUUAAACUAGUCCACCAUUUGAGAACACAAACCUUAGCUCUGUAUAGUUAGCCAUGGAUUGGGUUAGUGCAAUUGUUGGGUUGCUAGCACUUGUUUAUGUGCUGCAAGCAUGGACCAAAAGCAACAACAAAAAGAAGAGACUGCCUCCCGGUCCCAGAGGGUUUCCGCUUUUCGGAAAUCUGCACAUGUUAGGGGAGUUCCCUCACCGGGAUCUGCAUCGACUAGCCCAAAAGCACGGCGACAUCAUGUACCUGCGCUUGGGGCUUGCUCCUGUCAUUAUUGCCUCAUCCCCUCAGGCUGCUGAGCUGUUUCUCAAAACACAUGACCUUAAUUUUGCAAGUAGGCCACCACUUGAAGCUGCAAAGCAUAUCUCUUGGGGACAAAGGAAUUUGUCCUUUGGCGAGUAUGGCUCUUAUUGGCGAACCAUGCGUAAGAUGUGCACCCUUGAAUUGCUUAGCGCCCACAAGAUCAACUCUUUCAAGUCCACGAGGAAAGAAGAGCUUGCCCUCUUGAUUAACUUUAUUCAAGAGGCUGCUCGUGAUCGUGUUACUGUGAAUCUCAGUGCCAAGGUUUCGUCUCUCAGCGCAGACAUUAGUUGCCUGAUGGUGUUCGGGAAGAAGUACAAGGACAAAGAAUUGGAUGAGAAGGGUUUCAAGGCAGUGGUCCAAGAGGGCAUGCAUUUGGCUGCCACCCCUAACUUUGGUGAUUACAUCCCUUUUCUUGCUCCACUUGACCUCCAGGGGUUAACUAAGCGCAUGAAGGUUGUUCACAAGGUGUUUGAUGACUUUUUUGAGAAGAUCAUCGACGAGCAUCUUCAGUCUACCAGCGAAGAAAGACCUAAGGACUUUGUUGAUGUCAUGUUGGGCUUCAUGGGAUCAGUAGAGUCUGAGUACCGAAUUGAACGCUCCAAUAUCAAAGCUAUAAUGUUGGACAUGCUCUCAGGUUCGAUGGACACUACAGCAACAUCGACUGAGUGGACACUCUCCGAACUCCUCAAGCAUCCACAGGUAAUGAAGAAAGUCCAGAAGGAGAUAGAAAAUGUAGUCGGCAUGGAGAGAAUGGUGGAAGAAUCAGACUUGGAGAAGUUGGAGUACUUGGACAAGGUAGUGAAGGAAACCAUGAGGCUUCAUCCAGUGGCACCAUUGCUGCUUCCCCAUGCAGCCAUUGAGGACUGCAACGUUAAUGGCUUCCACAUACCUGGAAAAUCCCGUAUUAUGAUCAAUAUAUGGGCAAUUGGCAGGAACCCGAGUGUGUGGACUGAUGCAGACAAGUUCAUACCAGAAAGGUUUGAUGGCAGCAAUAUCGAUUUCCGCGGACGUGACUUCCAAUUUAUUCCGUUUGGCUCCGGUCGAAGGGGUUGCCCUGGAAUGCAGUUAGGCAUCACGAUGGUACUGCUAUUGGUGGCACAACUCGUGCAUUGUUUUGAUUGGGAACUUCCAAAUAAUAUGUUGCCAACUGAGUUGGACAUGACGGAGGAGUUCGGUCUAACGGUUCCAAGGGCUAAUCAUCUCUUAGCUCUUCCUACUUAUCGCCUUCGUCAACGUCAGCAAUGAUAAUAUAUGUGCGCAAUUUCCAAAUUAAUAAUUGUUGGCAGAACAAAUAUAAGCAAGUUGGGAAUUGUUGUACACUGAUCAAUCAGUUUCAGAGAGGCCCAAAACCUAAAAUAACUCAAGAUAGACCUUUGUUUGGACAUAUGUAUAUUGGAAUAUUUACCCAAUGCCGCACUUUUUGGGAGAAAUAUUAUAGAGUUAACAUGGUCUUUUAGUCGCCACUUGAUAUUAUGGUUUAGUCAUAUUCCUCUUUAUUGUAUGUGAGAGGUCUUAGGUUCAAUUUUUGAACCAUAUUAUUGUAAGCCAUUGUGGACUAAGUG